UGCGUACUUACAUCAUAACGACAUGAUAUGUUUUCUGUAGCAACCGUUACUCUGGACUGAAUAAAGUAUUUGUAAAAGACUCAAACAUGUCCACUAUGCUGGAUGAGACAGCAGCAGAUGUGCCAGUCAGAGACAUCACAGUGAAUCUGUCUCGACUUGCAGGAGGUCCACAAGAUUCAUCAGUGUGUCAUAAUGCUCGGACGCGACAGGACAUCUCUCGGGUGUCCAGGGAGGAGCUGGAGGACCGGUUCCUGCGCCUCCAUGAGGAGACCCUGCAUCUCAAACAGCAUAUUCACAAACAGGACGACAAGAUCAGGAAGCUGGGCACUAAGCUGAUGCGGCUGGUGAAGGACAGGGGGCGGAUGGAGCAGCUGGCAGCUGGGGGAGGCCAGCCGGUCUCCAGAGUGCGGGACGUGGAGAUGGAGGAGAUGAUGGAGGAGCUCCAGGAGAAAGUCCGGAGGCUACAGACGGAGAAUGAAGGUCUGAAACAGCGCCUCCUUGUGGCCAAGCAGCAGCUCAUCAACUCGCAGGUCAGCAGGCCGACACCUUACGGCCACGUCCAGUCACGAGUCAACUCCGGGCUAAAGAAGCUGCGAGAUGACGCUUCCUCUCCUUCCCAGAUUCGACCAAAAAGUACCAGGAGUUUGGACGGAGGAGGGAGACCUCCGACCGGCCUCUUACCUCGAUUCGGACACAACCUGCUGGAGGAGGCGAGGGCCGAGAUCCGCAACCUAGAGAAUGUGAUCGAGCUCCAGCGCAGCCACAUGGAGGAGAUGGAGAGAGCGUCCGAGCUGCUUCAGGACGAACUGAGGAAGAAGGAGGCAGAAUACGAGGAGGGACUCCUGCAGGUUCGACAGCAACAGACCUCCAAACUGAGGUCACAUGUCGACAGCAACGUGAUGAUGAUCAAACUGCAGAAGCAGCUGGCUGACAGGUCCAACGCGGUAACAGAGCUGGAAGGCCGAUUUCUACAACUGCAGGAGAGUCAGAGGACGCUGACGGCCAGUCACGAUGCGGCGAUGAUGAAGGUGGACGAGCUGUCGGCUCAGCUCAAAGACGAGAGGCUGAAGAGUUUGGAUCUGGAGAAACUGCUGCAGAGCUCGACCGUGGCCAAGAUAAAGAUGGAGCAGCUGCAGGAGCGGAUCAGCGACGUGGAGCAGGAGCGCGACCUGCUGAAGGAGAACAAUGAAAAGCUGGUCAACAGCGCCUUCGAUGUGUCUCAGCAGCAGAAAUGGCAGAUUCAGGAGCAGCAGCUGAAGUUACAGAUCGUCCAGCUGGAGACGGCGCUAAAGGCCGACCUUGUCGACAAAAACCAAAUUCUCGACAAAAUCAGGGCUGAAAGAGAGACAAGCGAGAAGCUGACAGAAGAAAAUAAGAAACUUCAAAUCGGGUUUCUGGAACAGAAGCAGCAGCUGGAGGAACUAAACGACCGUUUGAAGUCGUACAGCAGGGAGAACGAGUACGACGUGUCCGAACUCACCGAGGCGCUGCUGCUCGUUAAAAAACAAAAGUCCCAGAAGAACGGAGACCUGAGCUUCCUGAAGGAGGUGGAGGAGGGAGCGAACUCCCUCCGUGAGCUGCGAGCCGCUCACGCCGAAACCAUCCAGGAGCUGCAGAAGACCAGAAACAUCCUCAGCAUGGAGAGCAAGAUCUGCAAAGACUACAAGGCGGAGCUGGAAGCUGUGUUAAGGAAGAUGGACGCUGACAGAGUCGAGUAUGAGCAGAAGCUGGAGCGACAGGCUCAGCUGUUGGACACGAAGGCGGCGAAGAUCAAGAAACUGGAAGCUCAGCUCAGAGACAUCGCCUAUGGCACCAAAACCUACGUCUUCAGACCGGACACCGCUGAUGAAGACGAGGCUGACGACUUUGAUGAAACUCUUCAUCUCGAACGUGGAGAGAACCUUCUUGAGCUUCAGAUAGUGGGCGCUGCGCUGUCUCCGUCCGCCCUGGAGGUCCUGGGUGACUGUGAACCCUCCACCUUCUGUACCUACGCCUUCUAUUUGUUUGAGCUGCACUCCACUCCGGUGGUGACGGGCCAGAAACCCAAAUAUGGGUUCACGUCUAAGUACGUGGUGAGCAUGGACGAGUGCUUCCUGGACUACCUCCACAGAUGCUGCGUCACAGUGGAGCUGCAUCAGGCUCUGGGUCUAGACUGGAGGACUCUGGCGACCGGCCAGCUUCGGCUGCAGCAGCUGCUGGAGCGAGAUGGAAAAGUUCACGGGACCGCAGCGCUGGUCGGUACGUCUGAUGAGCUGCGGUCCUUCGGCUCACUGGAUUACUGUUUGAGGCUGAGGAUCCCCAUGACGGAGACCGUCCACCUGUUUAAAGAGAAGGUGAAGGCCGUCGGUUACGUCCACGCCGCUCUGAACGGAGACGCGCAGCUGCAGCCGGCCCGCAGCAGCAGCUGGAAUGAACUCCACAUCACAGUCCAGCGCUGCAGAGACCUGCGGUCCAGAAGCUCCCAGCCGCCCAGCCCCUACGUGGUCUACAAGUUCUCUGACUUCCCCGACUACCCGACCGCCACCAUCCACGACUGCUGCGACCCCCAAUUCAACGACCUCAAGUCCUACUCCGUCCUCAUGGACGUAGACCUGGACCAGUACCUGAAGUCUGAGGCCCUUCAGUUCUACGUGUUCGACUACAAAGAGGAGCGGAUGGACGAGUACGUGGGGAAGACCAGGGUGCCUCUGCUGGCUCUGGUCCAGGACGAGGGCAUCACUGGUGUGUUUGAGCUGACGGAUCCCUCGGGACUCCCAGCCGGUCAUAUUGAGGUGACGCUGAGGUGGAAGUUCACUUACCUCCAACCUUCAGCCUCCAUCAGGACCAAAGAGCCUGAGUUCAUCCCCAAAGAAGCAGCCAGCUGGCCCAAGCAGGAAGAUCACAGUGUGGAGGACGAGAAGAAAGACACGGAUGUUAAUGAGACACUGCAGGAGGAGACAGAGUCCAGAGACCUUUUUCAUCUGUCCACCUCUCUGCCUGAGGUCUCCACGUCGAAGACACUGCUGCCAAAGCUCUCACAUAAGGCACAAGUGAAAGAGGGCCCGGCUGCCAAAAAGGUCUCAUUUGUGGAUCCCACAGCCUCAGACGGCACCCAGGUGGAGGACAGGAGCCCAGCAGGUGUGUCUGCAGAGAAGAGGCCAACUACAUCAUCACCUGCCGUAAAGCACGUUGUGACUCCAGCCGCUCACAGCGCAGGAGCAGAGGAAGAUGAAGAAGAAGAGUCUCACUUCUCUGAAGGACAGCUGGUCCCAGUCAGCUCUCAGUCUGUCUCCGACGACUCUGAAAUCUCUGAGGAAAUCAUCGAAGACGUCGAGGAGGUCCCGGCAGCCGGCGAGGAUCAGAGUGAAUCGACUCAGUCCGACAGCGAUGACUGCAUUGUUCAUGGACGGGCUGCGGGGAGGAAGCCCGCCGAGCGACUGCGGGUGGAGAUUAUGUCCCUGAGCUUGCGGCCAGAGUCUCGGGUGGCCCGGGACGGCAGCGUGGUGCGUCUGUUUGUGGAGUACUCCCUCCUGGAUCUGCCGACAGAGGAGACCCCCCUGUCUCUGCCCAAACCCCCCCGGGGCAAGAGCAUCAACUACAACUACAGCAAAGUCGUUCCCGUGGACGCUGAGAACAACGAGGCGAGGCGGCGGCUGCUGAGGGGAGUCCUGCGGGGACGAAACCCCCCGAUGGAGAGAAUUCGGUUCACAGUGGUGAGCGAGCCUCCGGAGGAAGAAGAGCAGGACAGGGAGUGUGAGGACGUGGGGGUCGCGUUUCUGAGGAUCCCCGAAAUCCUGGAGAAACAACAAGACCUGACAGAGACCAGUCUGAGCGUUCUUGACGUGGAGGACAGCAGCGAGGUGGUCGGCAGUCUGAUCGUGUCUGUGGAGGGACUGGAGGCUCUGCAGGCCAUCAUGGAGGAUCAGGACCAGGACCAGGAGCGAACCCCUGUCUCCUCUCUGCUUCCAUCAGCAUGAGGCAGCAACACCAACUGGACAUCACCUGACCCCACCGACCAAUCACACAAGGGAGGAGCGCUGUGACAGCGUGUGGUCUGGUUCAUCUUAUUUUACAAUGUGAAUGAAUGAAUGAAGCCAAAUAUGUUGAUAUCCUGUAAAGUAGCUGUUCCAAUGAUCUAUUUUUAAAAGUACGAAUAAUUUAAAGUGUGUUGUGUCUGUGUUGAUAUCCUGCCGUUACUGAAUAGAUUUCAGGUCUGUUUGUGUAUUUUUUGGCAGCAGGGACUCGUUAGUGAGUCUACAACUGUUCAUGUAAUAUUUAUAUAGCUCAGGUUUGAGUGUUAGUUGUUUUAAUGUAGUUGUUUAAGUGAAACAGGUGAGUGUAGGUGAAACCUACACAGUUAUAACAGAGUAAUGUGUGUUGUUUACAGGAGAGACAGAGAAACAAGUCUGACAAACGUGCCUUAAAUCUGACUUUUUGUCUAUGAUGUUUUGUAUUGUGCUCCAAUAAAGACUG